GGAGGCGUGAACGAGCGCAGUGAAGCGCUCACGAGUUUUUCACCUUUUACUUGCACAAAAAACGUCCAGCUGAACCGGGCAGCGUCUCGUGCGCUCAGUUUGUCAGUUUGGAGAGGUAGUGCAAUCCUCGGCAGUGUACUGAGACUGCACUAACUACUCCUGUCAGUAGGCUACUGGACAUAUCUGGAGAAUGGACAUUACGGAGACGAGAUCAUAAAUAAAAACAUCGCACCUGUGACGAAAUUCGCGUUUAAAAGUUUUUCGGAAAGUGAAUUUAAUUUGACGCAGGAGAAAAUCUUACGGUUGUCGUCUGCGUUAAUCCAUAAUGACAGCCGAGAAGGAGAAAAAGAGGCAUCCAUCAGAAAGGCGCAAGGAAAAGUCUCGUGAUGCAGCACGCUGCAGGCGCAGUAAGGAGACGGAGGUAUUUUAUGAACUAGCUCACCAGCUCCCGUUACCCCACAGCAUCAGCUCACACCUGGAUAAAGCCUCCAUCAUGAGACUAGCCAUCAGUUUUCUGCGAACACGCAAGCUUUUCAACUCAGGCCGCAGAGUUCAACAAACUCGGUCAAGGGAUGACAGCCAGAUGGACAGUCUAUAUCUGAAGUCUCUGGAAGGCUUUGUUGCCGUGGUAACAUCAGAUGGGGACAUGAUAUUCCUGUCGGAAAAUGUCAGUAAAUACAUGGGACUUACACAAGUGGAAUUGACGGGUCACAGCAUCUUUGACUUUACACAUCCUUGUGAUCACGAAGAAAUUAGAGAAAAUCUCAGCAUUAAAUCUGGACCUGCGUAUGGCAGAAGAGGUAAAGAUAUGAGCCCAGAAAGAGAUUUCUUUAUGAGGAUGAAGUGUACGGUCACCAAUAGAGGUCGCACUGUCAACCUCAAGUCAGCCACGUGGAAGGUGUUGCAUUGCACGGGGCACCUGCAAGUGUGCAGCAGCCACCCACCUCAAGUCCUGUGUGGAUUUUCAGAACCGCCCCUCACAUGCGUUACUAUGCUGUGUGCACCAAUCCCACACCCCUCAACUGUGGACACACCCCUCGACAGCAAGACGUUUAUGAGCAGACACAGUAUGGACAUGAGGUUUAUCUACUGCGAUGAAAGAGUAAGCAGUUUGAUUGGCUAUAGACCAGAGGAACUUCUCGGGCGUUCUGUGUAUGAGUUCUGCUAUGCUUUGGACUCUGAAAGCAUGACAAGGAGCCACCAAAAUCUUUGUAAUAAGGGUCAAGUGGUGAGUGGCCAGUACAGAAUGUUAGCCAAACAUGGAGGCUACGUUUGGGUGGAGACUCAGGCAACUGUCAUCUACAACAGUCGCAACUCCCAACCACAGUGCAUCAUCUGCAUCAACUACAUCCUGAGUUCUGUCGAAGAGCAAUCUGUGAUCUUCUCCAUGGAUCAGACCGAGUCUCUGUUCAAGCCGUACCACAUGCGUAACACCGAAGAACUGUUCAGUCAGGGUGGAGCAGACUCCGUUUUCGGACCUCAGGACCUUUUCGCUAAGCUCAAGUCAGAGCCUGAAGAGCUAGCCCAGUUAGCACCCAUGCCAGGAGAUGCCGUCAUUGCCCUGGACUUUGAAAGGCCACAGUUUGAAGAACCGGCUUUCUUACACGAGUCUACGAAGAUGCCUGUGGUCAGGCAACCGUGGGUCGUUGACACGCCUCCUGACAGAAGUCCUGAUGGCAGCCUUUCCAAAAUGUCCGCGGCCUUCACAGUGCCACAGGUACAUCCUGGCGGCAAGACCACGCCCUGCUCCACGCCCUGCUUAAGCAGAUGCAGCAGUUACUCCACACUCAGCAGUCCGAUAGUUUACUGUGACAAGGAUCUAAAGGUGGAGAUGACAGAGAAACUAUUUGCCCCUGAAAAUGUGGCAACAAAUCCCACAGACUGCCAGCUGGACUUCAGCGAUCUGGACCUGGAGACUCUUGCUCCCUACAUUCCCAUGGACGGUGAGGACUUCCAGCUGCACCCCAUCUGUCAGGACGAGCCUGUGACUAACACAGGUCCAGGCCCGGGCUCAGCCCUCCAGCACACUUUCAACAACAUAGCUGACCUCUUUCAGCCCUUGGGCCCAUUCCCUUCUGACAACAAGAGCGGUUCUAACACAUGUCCAGACACAGUUCAUGGGCAACCCUAUCAAAAUGGACUCGACGUCCCACUCUCCUCUAAGAAGGGCAGCCAGGUUUUUCGAUGGCCGUCCGACCUGUCCUCACAGUAUGAACAUACAGAGAUUAGACGCAUGGAUGAACAGAACACAGAAGAUCGAAGACAAACGUAUAAUUUCACUGCAGCACUGCCAGAGCAAAGGUACUUUGAGAACUUUGGCCCUGUACAGAAAGACAUGAGCCUGGGGCAGGUCGCUCUCAUCAACAGCUUUAAACGAAAAAGACAGUUCAGUUCCUCGUGCUCCUUCUCUGAUAUACCGAAGGAGAUGGUUCCUUACCAUGAGACUGCAGAUGUUAAGAGAAUGAAGACGUUGACCGUGGACAGCUGUGUUUUCUCUGUCAGGAAGUCUCUCAGCACGAGUGUGCUCACAGAUAAAUCAUGCAUGCAAAGUGGAGUUGAUGGUCCUCUUCCUCUGAGAGACUGCAGAGUGAGGUCAGAAGAUUUUAAACAGCAUCGUACACAGUUGUUCUGCCCUCCAGAUAACAGACAGUACCAUGUGCCGCCUUCACCCAAACACAGGGGAAUGAUAAGUCAGUUACUGGCCCCGUCUUUCGACACACACUGCCUUCCGCAGCUUACGCGGUAUGACUGCGAGGUAAACGUGCCUCUACAGGGAAACCUGCAUCUUUUGCAGGGCUGUGACCUUCUGAGAGCCCUCGACCAGACAACGUAGAUCCUGAGCUUUUGUUCCUUUCAUCUUUGUUCAUAUCCGCUGUUUUCUUCUAUGCCUGUAUUAUCAGCCUUUAUUUAGACUUGUUUGUAUAUUUUCCUGUGAGACGUGUAAUAUUUUAAUAUAUAAUUUUAAAAUCAGAUUGUUACCUGUUGUGUUCGGAAAUUUCAUUUCUGUGCCGUCUCAGACUUUUAAUACCGUCAUGAAUCUUCAAGCUUUUCCUAAUAGUUACAGUCCGAUUUACUGUUGUGCAUUAGACAUAUAUCAAAUAACUACAAUAUAUUACAUUAAUAUAAACAGUACAGUAGUUUAACUUAUUCAUGCAGCUCUGAAUACAUACAGGGAAUACAAAUACCAUGUUUGUAUAAAACAAAGAAAGUGAGUGUUUUGCCAAGACUAUGGCCUUGAACGCCUUGAACUUGUACCAGCAAAAAAACGUUGCAUUGAUCUAUGUAGCUCCAAAACAUGUCUGUUUUACGAUAUAGCACAUUAAUAUUUAACCCACGUUCCUAUAUAAUCUAAACUUUUCUCCACAUUCCCCUAUAACGCAAUCGUUAUGAUAAAGACGCUAUUUUAAAUAUAUAGUUUCUCUGUCAUCUCAAGCACUUUAUUUUAAAAGAUGCAAAAGGAACCUCAAUGUUGUCUGUAGUAGACUAAAAUGUAAAGAAGCAGGUUUAUUCCUGGUAUAGUGGUUUGUCAUAUUUAUCCCACACUAGCCAGUUAACCACUACCUUUAUAACUGUAAUAAAGGUAGUGCUAUAAUAACACUAUAACUGUAAAGGCUUUGUAUAUUUUUCCAUACAAAC